AUGUCUGAAACACAACUUUCCGACCAAUAUCUUUACCAGAGCUCGCUCAAGAGUGAUCCGGAUAUUAAAGUCUCCUCUGGCAAGCGCGUGCCUUUCGUUAUCGAUCUUAAUCAGGGGUCAUACCAAAACGGUGUUAUUACUAUCGAUGCAACAUCCCAGCUUAAUGGAAGUGAAGGAUUUGCUUCGCUCCGUGAUGCCUACAUUAUGCUACCAUACAAGACUAUCGUUUCUAUGGCUGACUACAAGCUGUUUUGGAGCAAUAUUCGUGCUCAGACUGGAUAUAGUCCUCCGUAUGUUGAAAAGCAUGGUGCAGAGUCUUUCCUCUUCCCUGAUGCUGCUCAGUCGUCGAGGUACAGUGCUACGGGCUCUUUUACUGGAGACGGGUAUUCGAAUAACACAGCGUUCUCCUCCUCCUUCACCGCCGGCGCUAUCUCUGCCACAGCUUCAGUAGCAAAUGAUGGUUUUGUUAAGCACCUUCUUUCGAACCCAUUAAAUGCUGGAGCUGACUCAUCUACGUCGUGGCCUUCCACUGGUGCCGCAUCUGCUACAACCACCAUCGCCAAUCAGCUGGGACGUGGCGCUUUCGUGGCGGGUGGCUAUGCUGCUGGCGCUAUCAUGGGAACGUGGAACUUCAUGCUAAAAAUCAAGCUUGUUGAUCUCCACCCGAUUUUCAAGGAGCUUGAUCUUAUGGCUAGCCCUCAAAUCCGUCUUCGUUUCCGGGUUAAUCAGGGUACUUGUUCAACAGCUGGUUCUACUGCUGUUUCAUGGGGUGCUGUCGUCAAUGCGCUUGAACCUACUAUUGAUGGAACCUACAUGCCUUUCACGACUUCUCGACUGUAUGUCCCGUUUAAGGUCCGCUACAACGACCGUUAUGCACAGUGGUUUUACCAGCGCGCCGGUAUUGGCAAGCAAGGGACACAGCUUAAUGCUUCUUUCGAUCUGCAACUUUCGGCUUCUGUAAAGAAUGCGAAGUACGUCAUUCUUUUACCAUUUGCUGAGCAAACUGGAAACUUUACUACUGCUGCUGUUCAACAGUUUCAGAGUCCGUUUGAUACGGUUCCUUGGACACUUCAGCCUGGUUCGAGCAUUCGCAACUUCAAUGUCCGUAUCGGUUCGACUCAAUGCUUCGACAUUAGUCAUGACUACGAUUUCCACCAAUUCACAAACGAGUUCGCUAAAAUUGCUGCGAUUAAUGGUGAUCUGACCCCUGAGCUUCUGAAUGGACUGCUUGACUAUCAGACGUGGUCUCUAACUAACCGCAUCCUUAUCGCUGACGUUAGCCGCCUGACGGAGCGUGAUGUACCUCAGGCUAUUCAGAUCCAGGGUACAAACGCUGGUUGCCAGGGAACAAACAUGCUUGUUUUGGCUGUGAGCGAACAAGAGCUCUCCUACGAUCGUCUAACGGGAGAGGUUUUAGAUUUUACCACGGCUUAG